CGCGCGCUCAAAGGCGGAAAAGGUCAGUGAGGAGGAGCGCCGGCGGAGGGUUAAUUAGGGUCACCGGAAAAGGUGAUAGCCGCGGAGUAGCGGCCCGAGUCCCUUCAGCGCCGGUGUCCGCGGCUCCACGUCCUCGAUAUGGUGGACCUUCCGCCGGUUGCAGCCCUUUGCCUUUGCGCCACAAGCUAAACAUGACGAAGGCUAGUAGCGGCCAUCGCGGCUUCGAGUUCCUGCACCGCUUGUUCGCGCUGACGACGCGUGUCGUCGCCGCCGCCGCCUUCUUCUUCUUCUUCCUCUUCCUCCUCCCGCGUGCCUCCUCGGAGCCGCGAGCGGACGUGUCCAGCGCGAGCGCCGACCAGCAGGGCCUCCAGUUCAUGCUGAGUCUGUACCGCAGGGCGGCGGACGCGGACGGGCGGCCCCGGGAGCCCAGAAUGUUCGGCUGCAACACGGUGCGCUUCGUCCGGGCGUCCGAGUUUCGUCGGAGCCGCUUUCCCGCGCCGUCAGCUCAGCGAUACACCUACGCUUUGGACUUCGGUUUGACUAUCUUCCCCAAGGAGAGGCUGGUCAGAGCUACGGUCGUCCACAUUCGUUCCCCCGCCCCGACAGAACGGUCUCUGACCUGCGAAGUCCGCGUCUCGACCUCGGAGGAGGCCGGCUGGGGCGUCGCUUCGGGAAGCGGCUUAACCCUCGGCCCUCGGGACCGGUGGGCCGAGACGGACGUCACGCCUCUCGUCUCUGGCCGAAGGAGCGGCGGGUUGUCCCUGAUUAUUCGGUACUGGUGCACGGAGGAUGGCCUGCUCGGACCGCUGGAGAUGGGAGGAGCGGGGCGACGGGGCAGGCGAGGGUCAAUACGGAGGCCUUUUUCCUCGAGGUCUCCUCUUAAGGUUCCUGCUCUGCUCCUCUAUCUGGAGGAGGACAUGCAUCCCAAGGACUGGCUGGUCCCCUCCGGCAUUCCAGCCCUCUUGGUUUCUGGCCGCACCCGUCACCGUAGGUCCAAGGAACCGGGCAGCAUUGGCUCGGACAUCCCCAAUUACAUCCGCAAGAGCAUCGUGGCCACGAACCAGUGCAAGCUCCAUUCUUACCGGGUCGCUUUCCGUGACCUAGGAUGGGACCAUUGGAUCAUUGCUCCGCACACUUACAACCCCCGCUACUGUAAGGGAGACUGCCCCCGGGUUCUCCACUAUGGCUACAAUGCUCCCAACCAUGCCAUUGUGCAGAAUUUCAUCAACGAGAUCAUGGCUGGAGAGGUUCCGCCACCGUCUUGCGUGCCCUACAAGUACAAGCCUAUCAGCGUGCUCAUGAUGGAGAAGAACGGCAGCGUCACCUACAAGGAGUAUGAGGACAUGAUUGCGGAGUCUUGCACUUGCCGGUAGUCUAGAGUCUGAGGGGGAGGCGGGCUGGCAAAGUUCAGCCCCUUUCUGUGAGCUAUACGUGUAGCUUAUCCCCUCAGCAAGAUAACGCCACUGCGUCCUCCUUGCGCUGCUCAGUGUUGUCUAGAGACUUGAGCGCAGCAACAUAGCUCAUGCCAGCAGUGCUACUGCUCGUUUUAAAGUCACUACCGAGUCAGUGGAUGUUUCCAGGCAUUCCCCUUCUGCUGCAUCGCCACGUGUGGUCUUCGCAUCCUUGCUUUGGGGUACCAGGGUUUCUAAGUACGGACCAGUUAUGCUCCGGCACGUAGCUGAUGGAAUGAGUGUUGGUGUGUCCAUAGUCCUUGGAUUCCUGCCAGAUUAUCUCCAUCCUGGCAAGGGUAAAGCCUGGUGUGAAGGAUUAGUGUAUCUGUAUGUUUGCCUAAUGUACCGUCAGAAAUCCAUUGUCGAAUCAUGGCUUUGGAGAAUUUGCCUCUGCACUUUAACACUGUUGGCACUCGGUGGAGAUCUUGUUUCUGCAGUCAUGGAUUUGGCAAUGAAAGACUUUUAUGUGAAAGGUACUUAAAUUUUUAAGUGAACAAACCCAGGGAGCCAUAGAACUGCAUGUUUUUUGCACAUUUGUGGGUCAGAAUGUCUUCGAGAACUAUAUUUAAAUGAAUUGUACCUCCUGACAAUGGCUGAUGUAAAAAUGGGAUUGGAGUGCAAUUUAUGCCUAUUGGAGCAAUUGAUAGCUGUGCAAUAUUUUUAUGGUUUCUUCAAUGAAAAAUAAAAUAAAUGGCUUUUUUCUAAAACU